CGGACAAAUACUCCGGAUGGCACUAGAGAACAAGACUGUUAUCUAAAGCCAGAAUCACAGCUUCGAAGAUCUUAGGGGCAUCCAAGUGCUGGUUUCACAGAUAGUCAUUGAAAUUUUGUAAUCCAUUUUUCUUACAUUAACAUUGUUGUUUACAUCAUUCGCAAGGCUGGCGGUCUGUUUGGUCAGGUAGCUCUUGCUAAUGGAAUUACGAGUCGGCAAUAAAUAUCGCCUUGGUCGUAAAAUUGGUAGUGGAUCAUUUGGUGAAAUUUACUUAGGUAUCGAUAUCACAAAUGAUGAAGAGGUAGCUAUCAAAUUAGAAUGUGUCAAAGCAAAACAUCCACAGCUUCAAAUUGAAGCUAAAAUAUACAAGCUUAUGCAAGGCGGUGUUGGAAUUCCUUGUUUAAAGUGGUCUGGUACAGAAGGAGACUACAAUGUUCUAGUUAUCCAAUUACUUGGUCCUAGUUUAGAAGAUUUAUUUAAUUUUUGCGGUCGAAGAUUUAAAUUAAAAACAGUACUUCUGUUAGCUGAUCAAACAAUUACACGUGUAGAAUAUAUACAGAAUAAGAAUUUUAUUCACCGCGACAUUAAACCGGAUAAUUUUCUCAUGGGUUUGGGUAAACGUGGCAACCUCGUCUAUUUAAUUGAUUUUGGAUUGGCAAAAAAAUAUCGUGACAGUCGAACACGUCAACAUAUACCAUAUCGAGAGAAUAAAAAUCUUACUGGGACGGCUCGAUAUGCUAGUAUCAAUACACAUUUGGGGAUAGAACAAGCUCGUCGAGAUGAUAUGGAAUCACUUGGUUAUGUGUUAAUGUAUUUCUUACGUGGUAGUCUUCCAUGGCAAGGUUUAAAGGCUGGGACCAAACGUCAAAAAUAUGAACGUAUUAGCGAAAAGAAAAUGCAAACACCCGUGGAGGUUUUAUGUGAAGGUUAUCCAGUUGAAAUGGCUGUCUACCUUAAUUACUGUCGUGGGAUGCGUUUUGAUAACGAACCGAAUUAUUCUUAUUUAAGAAAUUUAUUUCGUGGUUUAUUUCAACGAGAAGGAUUCACUUAUGAUUUUAUUUUUGAUUGGAAUCUAUUAAAAUUUUCUGGAAACGAUCAAAAUUCCAUGAAUAAUACUACUGGUGCUGUUAAUAAUAAUAAUAACAAUAAUAAUAAUGGUAAUGAUCAUUUAAUUACAAAUCAACAAUCAUCCCAACAACAACUUGUGCAGUCUUCUCGUCGUGGUCAUCAUCAUGAUGAAAAAGUUAAAUCUCGUAACAAAGGAACGUCUGGUAAUCCGGGUUAUACUGCUCAACAGGCAAAUACACCAUUAGCUCAUAAUUCAUCAACUGCAGCAGUGAUAAAUUCUCGUUCAGGUUUUACACAACAAGGUUUGGGCGCAGUGACUGCCUAUCCACGUGGUAUGCCACCAUCAUGUCUACCAGCUGCACAAAAUAUGGUCGCUCAGUCAUUACAGGUAAUGAGUCUUCAGCCACAACCUAAUCAAAUGUCAUCUAAUACUGUCGCUCAUCAUCAUGCACAACACAUCCAAUCGCAUCCAAUCUCAAAUUCAUUAACUGGAUAUUAUAAUCAAACGGUACAACAACAGCAGAAUAUUUCACAGUCUCCUCAAUUAGGUACAUCACAAUUUGCUAGCCCCACCUGUCCUUCUAACAUGUUUCUUAUAAAUAAUAAUAGUAGUGCAAACAAUCCAAUAUCAAUGACUGGUGGCCUACAACAACAACAACCUAAUACCAAUUUAUACCCCUCUGUUGACUCAAAUUGUACUAUUCAACACCCAUCCCAACAACAGUCACAAAAUGCUUGUUGUCUUCCAGUACAAUCACAACCUCAUUCCAAUACGAAUAAUAAUAAUAAUCAACAAGUUGUUACAUCGCGUCAAAUUGUCCAAGGUACUUCACAUCAUCCACAACAAAAUUCAUAUUUAUUAACUCAACAAAAUUCAAUCGGCCAAGUAAUUGGUGGUGGUGGGAAUAGUAGCGGUACAACAAAUCAUCAAAUUCAUCAUCAUCAACAACAGUUAAAUGCAUCUACAACAUUUGGUAAUCAUCCGCAUAAUUUAUAUCAUUUACGUCUUCAUCCGGAAACAUUUUAUGUGCCUGCAACAGCUAGUGGGCAGACAAGUAAUAUUAAUAAUAAUGAGAAUUUCACCUCAACACCUAUGAUUUUGCCAUCUGGACAACAAGUCGGUGGUGCUGGCAGUAAUGCAUUUCGAAAAUAAUAAUAAUAAUAAAUUAACUAUUGUCUGCCUACAUGUUUCUUAGUAUUUAGUUCUGGUGAAAUGUGAAUAUAUAAAUGCCUGUAGUUUUAUUUAAAUUGAGUAUCUUAUAGCCCAAUGUGUUUCCAACCUUCCCUGUCUUAUUCUCUGCUUGGCUAUCUAUCUCUCUCUUUCGUUCACUUGCUCGCUCUUGAUAUAUUUCACUGGAUAUCCACUAGCCUUGUACUGUAGUUAUGCUUAAUAUGCAAUCUAAAACAGCUCGAAAAAUUAUUCAGUAUAAUGCUGUACUAUUUUUUCAUAGUUUAUCUGGCUAAUAAAAACUAUUUCGUCUUUAUUUUUGUGUAAAUAUAUACAUAUAUUCCAUGAAUAUACAAGUACACAGAAUAACAUGUGUAGAAAAAAAAAAUUCGAAAAGCUUGACUUUUUUCAAAAAUGUUUGUGUAAAAAUAAGUUUUAUUCUGUAUCAGUUUCAUUUACGUUAAGAAAAAGAAUCACAGUGGAGAAAGAGAUGCAAACAAGCAUAUUUACACGGUGUUAGCACUGAUAACUGAAGGUGAUGAUGAUGUGUUUUUUUUAAACUCGUAUUUCACAUUGUACGUGUUUUCCUAUGUACUCACAAUUCAUUACUCCACUUAAUAAAUGUACACAUAUGGUUUAUGCAAAGGUGUUUGUAUGUUUUGAUUAGUUAAUGCAUUUCUUAAUUUUAUGUCCAUCUUCAAAUGUCAAUUUGAAUUUCAUUCAUUUACUCUUUGUUAAGUUAAAUGUUUGUACGUUUUCUGUGGUUUCUCAGUUAUGUAAGUGUAACUUUAGUCAUUAGUAGUAUUUAUUUAAUUAAAAGCAGCCACAUCAAUACUUUUGAUAGUAAACUUUGUAACCAUUAACGAAAUCUAAUUCAUAUUUUCUAAGAAAAAGAAGAACAACAACGGAAAAUGAGGAUGCUGUAUUGUUUUAUCUCAAGUGCUAUACGUGUGUGUGUGUAUAUGUAAUUGUUCUAAAUUACCACCAUUAGUCUUUUGUUAUUAUUAUUCAAUGUAUUAUUUAUUAUUCACUUACUUUUAUACCCCAUUUUUUGUUAAAAUCCAACUUCAUUUCGUGUGACAUUCUAUUCCUUAUGGUUGUAUUUAUUAUUUUAAAAAUGUCUCCCCUUUGUGUUGAGAGCACUUUUCAAAUUACAAAAGUAUUGGAAAUUCUUUGCUUACCGUCUUUGCAUAGUCUUCUUUAGUUAAUGACAGUCAGUCGGUAAGAUGAUUGAACGAUUAAACUUGUAUGUUUACCCAACUAAAGGGGAUAUGUAUUCCCCCCCCCCCAAAAAACGGGUGUUUUUUUUAUUUGUACAUAUUAUAUAAAUGGUAGUUAUGUUUACAAAAAAUAUCAUUACAACUAGUAAUAAAAAUACUAGUCAAUUAUAUGCUGCAAAUUUCGUUUGGUUUUCAUUUAUUCUUAAUACAUCCAUCUUUAGCAUUCGUCUCAUGGUGCCAGUACUGCUUGUCGUUAAAUCAUUGACUUAAACUUCCUGUGUUAUGUCUUAAUAUUCAAAAUUACAUAAUAUCGUCACCCAUUGUGGGUUAAAUUCAGAUAUUUUAGUUUCC